UAAGAGACUUCCCAACCAUUCCCUCCGCCCGGCCACAGCCUCCCUGCCCCAAGAAGAUCCUCGGAGCCAGGUUGGGUGGGAGAAGGCACGAGCCAUGGCUGCCCGGCUCACUAUUCUGCUCCUUUUAGGGCUUUGGCUGGACCCAGGGAUGGAGGCAGAGGCAGGCUUAGUUGUAGACACAACCCCUCGCCUCUGGAUAGAGUCUGAAUCCCCAUCCUCACCCUGGGCCAACGUGACCCUCCAGUGCCUGGCGACUAAUACUCUGGCAAUGAAAUUCCAGCUGCUGAAAGAUGGGAAAAUUUUCUCUUCCCUUUCUGCCCUUGAAACCUAUGCCAGGUUCCCACUGGGGCCAGUGACAGCUGACAACAAGGGCAUUUACCGGUGCCGGAUCCAACAGGCAGAAAACCACUGGGGUCUAAUAAGUGCCCCAGUGGAGGUGACAGGGGCAGAGCCCCUCCCAGCACCUUCCCUCCAGGCUGAGCCAGGCCCUUGGAUUCUCCAUGGCCUGCAGACUGAGCUGCACUGCCAGGGGAGGCUGCUGGGCAUGACCUUUGACCUGUAUCAGGAAGGAGAGCAGGGUCCUGUGGACAGCUCCCACACCCCCAAACCGGAAACCACCUUCAUCAUUAAGAGCCCUGGGAACUACACCUGCCAGUACCGACCCCCCACAACAGCCUCCAGGGUGAGGUCAGCACCCAGUGAGACCGUACACGUUGUGAUCCCAGACUCCCUCCCAAAGCCCUCUCUCGAAUCGUGGGUUAACCUGGUCAUCAGGCCUGGAGGCUCCGUGACCUUCCGGUGCAGGACAAGGUUCUCAGGGCUGGAAUUCAAGCUGUUGAAAGAUGGAGAGGAGGUGUUUGUCCCUAUGAUGUCUUCAACGGACCCCCAGCUGAUAGACUUCCACCUGAAAGAUCUGGAACCCGGGGCUGGGGGCAGAUACAGCUGCCGCUACCGUUUUAGGGAAGGGCCACUGAUCUGGUCAGAAGACAGCGAGUCCCUGGAGCUUGUCCUGACCACAGGAACAUUGGACAAGCCUUCGCUCUCAGUGCAGCCCCAGGAUGCCGUGAUUUCUCGAGGGACCAAUGUGACGCUUCAGUGCCUAGGGGCCCGCCCCAAUGUGAGGUUCGCCCUGCUGAAAAAAGGCUCGCGUCAGCCUGUGCAGGUGCUGAGCCCUGCUGGGUCCCGCGCUGACUUUGUCCUCUCCGACGCCAUGGCUUAUGACUCGGGCAAUUACAGCUGCAUUUACUUUGAGACAGUCGCCCCAUUCGCCGGGUCCCCAGCGAGUGAGGAUGUGGAGGUUCAAGUUGAUGGCCUCUUCCCCAAGCCCACGCUGCAUCCCUUGAGCCCUGUGGUGACCCCCGGGAAGGACGCAGCCCUGCGCUGCUCGGGACGGGUCCCCAAUUCCAAUUUCCAGCUCUUCAGAGACGGAGAAAGCACAGAGCUGGAAGUGACCCAUCAGCGCGUGAGUGAGUACACGGUCGACUUCCUGCUGAGGAACGCCAAGCCCCAGGAUGGGGGCCGUUACAGGUGCCGCUACCUCACCUGGACGAAGCCCAUCUUGACUUCGGAGAUCAGUGACCCCGCAGAGAUUUCGGUGACAGGAAAAAUCCUAUAAAAACUAGAGCCACGUGGACCAGUGAAAUAUUGUCUGGAUUAUCUCUGCAAACUGAGGGCCCAAGAGAACACACCUCUGACAUAGAAUGACAAAAAUAAGAGCUUUAUCACACCCAUAGAAAUCAACUUGGGCUGUGAAAAUAAAUACAUUUGCUGUUUAUAGGA